AUGGCGGCGCGUGUCAAUGCGCUGUCCGCCGUUUCCACCUUCGCCAUCCUAAACAAGGCCGAGUACGACCUCGCCGCACCCUCGGGCGUCCGGUUCCCCGUCUUCUCGCACCCAGACGCCGGGCGGCGCAUCUCGUUCAUCGUGCACUCGUCGGGCUCGACGGGGCUUCCCAAGCCCAUCUUCCAGACGCACGCCGCCUGCAUCUCAAACUACUCCAGCGGCAUCCCCUACCGGGCCUUUCUGACCCUGCCCCUCUUCCACAACCACGGCAUCGCGACCCUGUUCCGCGCCAUCUACGCCGGCAAGAGGAUCGCCAUCUACAACGCCAACCUGCCCCUGUCCGGCACCACUCUGGUCAAGGCCAUGGCCGCGACGGAGCCGGGCAGCCUGCACUGCGUGCCGUACGCGCUGAAGCUUCUCGCCGAGACCGAGGGGGGCGUCGCGGCGCUGCAGAGACUCAAGCUUGUGCUAUACGGCGGAAGCAGUUGCCCGGAGCAUCUGGGCAACCGCCUUGUUGAGGCGGGGGUCUACCUCGUCGGCCAUUACGGAGCCACCGAGAUGGGUCAGCUCAUGACCUCGUUCCGCGACCCCGGCGACAAGGACUGGAACUACAUGCGGCCGUUGGCCUCUGCCAAGCCCUGGCUUCGCAUGAUGCCCAUCGCCGACGGCGUCUACGAGUGCGCCGUCCUGAACGGGCUCCCCUCCAAGGUCAUGUCCAACUCGGAUGACCCGGCGCCCGACUCGUACCGCACCCGCGACACCUUUGUUCCCCACCCCGUCAUCCCCGACGCCUGGAGGUACCUCGGCCGCCUCGACGACCGCGUCACGCUGGUCAACGGCGAGAAGGUCCUCCCCGUCCCGUACGAGAACCACAUCCGCGAGCACGAGCUGGUGCGGGAGGUCGUCGUCUUCGGCGUCGGCAGAUCCAUUCCCGGGCUCGUCAUCGUCCCUAGCGAGAAGGCAAUGGACCUCACCAGGGAGGAAAUACUCGAGGCCCUGGGCCCCGUGAUCGACGAGGCCAACGCGAGGGCGGAGGCGUUUGGCCGCGUGCCCCGCGAGAUGAUUGAGGUCGUCGACGUCGGCACGGAGUAUCCGCGCACCGACAAGGGCACCGUUAUCCGCGCCGCCUUCUACAGGCAGUUUGGCGACCUCAUCGAGGACGUCUACAGACGCUUCGAGGCGCCCGCGGACGGUGUAGCCGGCGGCGCGCUGACGCUCGAUCUUCCGCAGCUGGAGGACCACCUGCUUGACCUCUUUCGCUCGACGCUCGGUUUCUCCAGGGUCGAGAAGGAUACCGAUUUCUUCGAGGCCGGCGUCGACAGCCUCCAAGCCAGCACCGCCCGGGGCCAUAUCCAGCGCGGUCUCGACCUCGGCGGCAAGACCCUCGCGCAGAACGUCGUCUUCGAGUACCCCAAUGUCCUGUCCCUGUCCAAGCACGUCUACUCUCUGCGCACCGGGGAGUCGGUGUACGCCGAGGAUGAAAUCCAAGUGAUGAAGAGGCUCAUUGCCAAGUACUCGGAGUUCAAGGAGAGAAGCCCCGGCACCGUCACACCGGAGGGCGAGACUGUUAUGCUGACCGGGGCGACCGGUUCUCUCGGCGCACAUCUUCUCGACCAGGUCAUCCGCCAACCCUACGUCAAGGCCGUCUACUGCCUCGUCCGCGCCUCGUCCCCCGAGGAGGCAAAGUGCCGCGUGACUGCCUCCCUCGCAUCCAAGGGCCUCUCCCUCGCCGACAGCCACGAGGCCAAGGUCAAGUACCUCCCCACGAACCUGAGCCUACCGGACCUCGGCGUCGCCGCGGACGCCGUCGCCGCGCUCCGAAAGACGCUGACGACCGUCAUCCACUCUGCGUGGGCCGUCAACUUCGUCCUCGGCGUCGCCAGCUUCGAGGCCCAGCACAUCCGCGGCGUCCGCAACCUCCUCGACUUCUGCCUCGCCACCGAGACGGUCCGCCCGGCGCGGCUGUUCUUCUGCUCCUCCGUCUCCGCCGCCGCGGGGACGCCGGUCCCCGCGCGCGUCGCGGAGACGUACGUCGAGAACCUGGCGCACGCGCAGAACAUGGGCUACGCGCGGUCCAAGGUCGUCGCGGAGCACAUCGUCAAGGCGGCCGCCGCCAAGACGGGCAUGACGGCCAGGGUGCUGAGGCUGGGACAGAUCGUGGGCGACUCGGUCGGCGGCAUCUGGAACCAGACGGAGGCGAUCCCGUUGAUGAUUCGCAGCGCCAAGGUGAUCAGGGCGCUGCCCGCCCUAGACGAGACCCCCUCAUGGAUGCCCGCCGACAAGAUGGCCCUCGCCGCCCUCGAGCUCGCCGACCUCGCCAGGCCGCGGUGCACAUCCCGCGGCGCGCCCCCGUCCUCGCCCGACGAUGACGCGGACCUGGACCUCGUCUACCAGGUGCAGAACCCGCGCCUCUUCCACUGGACCGUUGACCUCCUCGGCGCCCUCCGCGGCGCCGGCCUCGAGUUCCAGACCGUCUCGCAGCGCGAGUGGGUGCGCCGCCUGCGGGCGUCAGACCCGGACCCGGAGAGGAACCCGACGUACAAGCUGCUGGGCUUCUUCGAGGACAAGUACGACAACGACGGGCCCGGCCGCCAGGGCCUGGUGUUCGAGACGGAGAGGACGGGCCGGAAGAGCGCCGCCGUCGGCGACGGGUGGGAUGUUGUCGGUAGCGGACUUGUUGAGAGGAUGGCCCGGUGGAUGGAGACACAGUGGUGA